AUGGGCUGGUUCUGGGGCAAUUCCAACAAGGACGACCCGGUCAAGAAGCUUGAUCCGGGUCUCCGCGAAUACCUCGAGAAUGAAGCUCCCAAAGAAUACGUCCCAACCUCCGUUCCCUCCGCGCAGACUCCUUCCGCCUCUUCUUCUAAGCCGGUAGAUGCGCAGGCGCAGACACCUGGAUCCUCCGACGCCGGCGCACCCUCACAGCCUUCCGUACCCGCCGCCUCACUAUUCCCCGAUGGACGCUACGCACAUCUCUGGAAGACCUACAAGCCGCCCAAGGACGAAGCGGCUGAAAUGAAGGGUGCCGAGCGGGUGAUUGAGAAGUACAAGCAACGCAAUGACACUGUGCACCGGGCCGCGAUGGAGAACUGCGCAUUGGAGCAUGAAGCCUUAACCCUGUGUUUUCAGACCGGGAACUGGCAGAAACAGCUGAAGUCUCGUGCGACGAUGUGUUCAGAGGAGAACGGGACAUUCUCUCGUUGCUUUACGACGCAGGCUAAAUUCCUCCAGGCAUUGGGAUACGCGGCUGCGUUCGACUGGGACGAAGAGCGGGAGGAACGAAUCCAGAUGCACGCCGAUAAACUCUACCACGAGAUGUUGGACUAUGAGAAGCGCGUUGAGGAAGCUCGGGCAGCGGGUGCGACGCCACCACCGCUCACAUCGCUCUUCAACCCCCAGGCGAAGCCUGCAUCGGGUGAUCUGGAGAUCCCCGGGGGAGAGACGAUUCCCGCCGGAUUCAAGCCGUCGAAACCUCUGGAACAACUGACGCCGCACGAACGGGAGCUGGAGAUCCGGGCGCAUAAUGCGCAGAUUGAACAGCAGAGGUUGUACGCCCAGGAGGCUAGUCCGUUUAUGAAGACGCAGGAGGAUGCGCGACAGAAACGACGAGACAAGGCCGUGAGUUGGUUUGGUGAGACGAUAGGUCGCUGGGUGACAUGA